AGCAGACACACGAUCUUGAUUAUUUGUAAACGUCACGACUCUCUCAACCUCACCAGCGUGUGUUAUAACACCGAGCUCUCUCACGCAAUCACCUCACCUCUACAUACACUCCAUGGAUCGUGAUUUCCUCUUCCUACAUUAGUUUUGGAGUUUGUCAUGGUGUUGCUGUUUGUUCUCGUCGUGUUGUUGAACGUGUUGAGCUUUGCUUGCUCUUCGGAAGUUCUGAGCUGGACUAGGAGAAUACUGGUGGUUGCUGAGCAGGAAUCUAGGAGCGGCCUCGGCAGGUCAUCAAGAGGUCCACCGCGGACAAGUUUUUACAAGGCUUUAACAGACAUAGAACAAUCUAUAAAGUAUGCCGAAGCAAAAUUUAGUCCGUCAUCGACAGAUAAAAGCUCUCGGAACCUUAUAGAGAUAAGAAAAUCUAUAAUAUCAGCUGCUAAGUCCGGGAACUACCGGAUUGGUAGAGAAAUAUUUGGCUUUUAUCAGUAUCUUGAGGAUAGCUCUUCUCAUUCUAAAUCAAAGAAAAAAAUGAAGCGUUCAACUAAUGACAUUAUAAGCUACAUCAAAACAAAGCUUGGGGACAAGACUUUUAAAGAGUUUUUCAACAUUGAAUCUGGGACUACGUUGACGUUUGUUCUCGACACUACUGGUUCAAUGAAGGAAGAUAUUCAACAAGUUCGGAAUAUAGUCCGGGCUCUUUCUACUCCUGCUAACGAAGUGGGAGAUGAGGAGUCUGAAUUUGAUAUUGGCUCUGGUUUCUACACCUUCCUUCUAGCCCCCUUCAAAGAUCCUGAUUACGGUCCUCUGGAGACCUAUGCCGACAAAGGCGAGCUCCUAUCCGCCUUAGAGGAACUUUCGGUUGACGGAGGAGGUGACUGUAACGAGAUGGUGAUGCACGGUAUAAGCGAAGGCCUACACGAGACUGAAGCUUACUCCCCUGUCUUCGUGUUCACUGAUGCUGGUAGUAAAGAUCUCGAUGAGAAAGAUUCUGUAAUGACCUUGUCUCAGAUGUUGUACUCGCCUCUAUACUUUUUCCUGACUCCAAGCCCCGAGUGUGAUAAAGACAUAUCAGAAUACGAAGAUCUAGCUCUAGAAACAUCCGGCCAGGUACUGUUGCUAGAUAAAGAAGAAAUCAGAAAUAUGAGCGAUUUCGUCAGAUCGACCGGUGUUGGGAGGGCAGAUAUUAUAUCAGGCACGGAGAGGUCAGGGAAAGGAAGUAGAGAUAAAAGAGGCACAGGACAGAAACACAACAUCCAAUUUGAUGUAGAUGACACUGUGGAUACUUUAGUGGUUACUGUUAACUUCCGCACUAAUACAGGGUCCUCCUACCUGUUAACUCCGGACGACAAUCUGAUCAUCCCCAAGUUCGUUAGCGCGGUCACCAACAUGCGGCUGUACGAAAUUCACAAGCCACAACCUGGCAUCUGGCUUUUGAAGGCAAUAACAGACAUCGGGGACAAGUUUACAUACAAAGUAAACUCGGUUAGCCCAACCAACAUCGACUUUGAUUUCUACUUUUUAGUGGAACAACAAUCCGGGAAAUUAGUACCAGCCAAGCACGCCACGCCAGGCGAAACGAUGAAGCUGAAACUAAAUAUACUUGGAGGCGCCGAUCUCAUCAAACCUGACCGAAGUAUCGUCUUCCUCGUAGACACCAAGGGAAAUGUUAUCUCUACAAUUCAGACUUUGUCGAUCUCAAAAGAUUGCGAUUACCAGUAUGAUGGUGUCUUCAUAGUUCCCGACGAGUCCUUCAAAGUGAUGGUAUAUGGUGAGACUCAGUCUGGUAAUCCUUUCACUCGGACCUCUCAAGCGACUAUAACACCUUCUUAUGGCAGCUUACAAGCGCAUAAAUCGGUGAUAAAGUAUCGUAUGAUCCAACCUGGAAGUUCGGGUCAUUUCCAUUUCAAGUUCCAGCACUUUGGCGAGAAAAUCACUGACUUUAGACUGUCCUUUUCCAACCCUGGGGACAUCAUCACCCAGUCUUCACCUCUCUUCUUCCCUCGACUGAAGAGUGGAAGGAGAAAGAUAAUGAGGUUACCCUACAACGUUCCAUCUGAUGUUCCAGACGGUACAGAGUACAGAAUCUCACUUGUUGUGGACGGAGGCGAAGUCAAGUCGACAUAUGUGCACACUAUAAUCAUCACACGCUUCGCUCCAACCAGAUAAGAGAGGGUGAAAUCCCACAACCUGAAAUAGAUAAAGGAAAUCAGAUCAUAUUUCCCGGUUCACUUGAUUGGAUAUUCUGCAGAUCACAGCGGCUACGGACAAUAAAUUGUUUCCAAUGGAUACCAAGAAAUUCAAGGACUUAUUUGAACUAGUAGAAAAUGGUCACUAAAACUACCAAUUCCUAGCUAAAACAAGGGGGGAAACUUGAUAAAGGGAUAAUGAUAUACAGUGAAAUCUCAAUCAUUUUCUAGAAAAAACUGGCGCCCAAUUUUAUUGCAUAAAUUCCGCAUGAAUUAAAGUUACUGUGGCACUCACUUCUCAUUGACACUGACUUUUAGUUGACAUUGCAACCUUUAUUAAGUAAAGUAAUGUUGAAACAGUUUGAAUUUCAUCAAAGGCUUUUGGUGACUCGUUAUACUUGGGAAUAUUUAUUUAUUCUAUGUUUACGCUGAUCGUAUUAAAGACGUCUAAAACUGUUAUAAUUUUAUAUCUUAUAGUAACUGACGAUCGGAAUUAUUACCGAACAUAAUUUAUAAAGUGACUUUAAGUUGACCAAAACUCAAUAUCAGGAUAGAGUGGUCCAUUUUUCCAUUGUUUGGGUUUUGGUAAUUAUGAUAAUAUUCAAAUAACGAAACGAAGUCGAGGAUGGUUAUUUAUUAUUUAGUUAGUCGAAAGGAACUGACUAAUUUGUGUACUGCAUUACUACAAACUUAUUUUUGGAGUCUACUCAAUAAUAAUACCGUUGCUAACGCUCUGCAUAAUAUUAAAUUGCAGUCAUUUUCAUAUUAUUGAUUUUUAUGUACGCUAUAGAUUUCAUUGCUGUAUCUUGGAUGCUUUCGUUGACUUAUUUUAUAUUUUCCAAUUCAAAUUUGUUUAUGACCUUUUUUAAAACAACCC